AUGGAUCCAGAGGAACUAGAAUUCGUUGGAGAGAGUGUCUCAAUCGGAAUCAUACCAAAUUUCAACUUUGACGCUAUUCAUUUAAUAGCUGGAACUGUUGGACCAUUCAAAGCUGGAUUACCACUUCACAUACCACUAUGGCUAGCAAUUCAUCUUAGAAAGCAACAAAAAUGCAGAAUAGUACCACCAAAUUGGAUGGAUCGUGAUAUUUUAGAAGAUAAAAAGGAAGAAGAGAAACGGGUUCCUAAUUUCACCAGCAUGCCAUGCGAUCAAUACAUGAUAGUAUCAAAACUCAUAUUUAGUCAUGCAUCAGAAGACGUUCCAAGCAUCGAAGAAAUUAAGACAUUCAUUAAAGAUAUUUAUGACAUAAGGCAAGCAAAACUUCGAACAGCAAUAGAUUCAUUCUUCAUAGGAAAGAAGCAACUCGACGGUGCAACACAGGUAUCGUUUACCAAUCUCACAAUGUUUGAAAUCCAUACAGUACGUUCGUUCCUGCCUUAUGCAUCUGAUUUAAUUGCUCGUCUCGAGAGAGUCUGUCAGCAGCACACAUCCAAUGCCAAUGAUACAGUACAUUCAAACUCAUUCUUCACAUCAUCAUCGUCUGGUUAUUGA